AUGUUGACCAAUGAUUUGUUACCAGUGAUUUCAAUCAUAGAAGCUGUACCCUUUCGCUCUCUUCGAACAGGUUACGGUCACGUGACCCCUCAUACCGCUCUGGGUAAAUUUCUCACCAUGAUGUACGCGGUGUUUGGCAUUCCGCUAUUCGUCUGUUACCUUUCAAACAAUGGGAACUAUAUGGCCGAUGUCUUUCAAACGUGUUACCUGCGUGUAUGUCGUCCAGUAUUCAAAUGCUUACGCGUUCGUUGUCGGCGAUUGAUUUGUUGUGCGCGACUGACUCCAGAUCAAUCCCGAGUCAAAUUAAAACAAACCGGAUUCAAAUGGGAUGCGUCGUUGAACGAAUGGCAUGACGAGCAAUGCACGUCGGAAACUCGACGAUUUCAAGCCAGUCCAUUGGAAUCAGAAAGAAUAAAACUCCAGUGUAAUUAUACUCAGGAAAUCAGUCAAACAGCGUCUGUAGCGAAGAAUUAUAAUCUGCAUUUGAUUCGUCCCAAGUUUCUAAUCACAAGUGAUACAGAAACGUGGGGAGACGGGGUGAACGAAGAGGAGGAUCCAACCGGGAUCAAUGGAAUCCACAUCCCAGCAUCCCGCGAGGCACCAUGUCUGAUUAGCAGCACAUGUUCUCCGCCAAGUCCAUUUUUGAAUCUUAAAAAGCAACCGGACGAACAGUCUAACAGUUCGGCCAGUACAAUUACCGACAGUAUGGAGACGUUGGAUGAACCGUUCCCAGUCAACCCGAUCUGUUUCCCGGUCGAGACGACCGCAACCACACGCAACUAUACGGAACUGGAUCCGCGUGCACAUUUGCCAAUGCAACAGUGGACCGCAGAACCCUCGAUCAUGUCCGAAUACAAUACGUUUGAUUCGAAACUGACAAGAACCGUGGAUGAGUAUCAACAAACGGAAAGCCAUCUGAGUGAAGAGAAACCAUCCACAGUUCCACUCCUGCUCACCAUAUUCAUUAUGACCGUGUACAUCAUGAUUGGGACCACCGUGUUCUGUGUUUGGGAAUCAGCGGAUUAUCUCAAAUGGUCCUACUUCUGUUUUGUCACCCUAUCGACGAUUGGUUUCGGGGAUAUUGUGCCGGGUAAGUGA